AUGGACCGCCGCUUCUUCCUGACCUUCCUGUUCUGCUCAGUGUUGUGGGUCUCUUUCUGGGAAGGACGCUGGAAGAAAAGAAAAGAAAGCCAGAUCGAGGAAUGGCUUCAAGGACACAGCCUAUCUCAAUACAAGUUUUUAUUUGAAGAUGUACAGACGCUGGAAGAACUGAGUCUGAGUGCACUGAGUCGUCUGGAAGAGGUGGUGAAGGAACAGCAGCGCUGGAGGGAAAUUGCAGAGGCUCACAUCCAGCUCCUCAGAGACUUUGCCUUCCAGGAGUGGCUUUGCUCCCAGAACCUGGAACACUAUUACCAUAUAUUGAAGACCUUAGGUUGUAUGAAUCUGGAUGACUUAUCUCAGUUUGACAGUCAACUGCAGCUAUCUCUAGCUGCCUGGGGCUACUAUUACGAAGACUACAUAAAGUUGUCUACAGGCAUCAAAAUCCUCCAGAGCUCAAGGGGAAGUCGAGAUCAGGACUACGAGAUCCGGCUGGUACACAGCCUUGCUGAGAGGCGUCUGAAUGAGAAGUGGUCGAUCGCUGGAGCUUUCCUGUUUGGCUGUACUGUGGCACUGUGCUUCUUGAUCAGGGACCUCAUGUUUUACGUGAUUGGUGGAAUUACUGUUUCCAUCAUAGCGUUUGUCUUUACCAUCAAGUUCCUCUGUGAGCUUGCCGCAAGGGUUGUUAGCUUCCUUCAGAAUGAGGACCCAGGACGACGGGGAGACCGCAGCAUCUACGACUAUGUCCGGGGCAACUACUUGGACCCACGUUCCUGCAAGGUUUCUUGGGACUGGAAGGAACCACAGGAAGUGGGGCAGACGAUGAGCUUCAGAGUUCAGCUCUUCUACAAGAAUGGUCAACCUUUCCCUGCCCAUAGGCCUGUGGGACUGAGGGUCAACAUUACCCACAUUGAACUGGCCUUGGACAUCCCUGUGACGCAAGAGGUUCUGCACGACCCAGAGUCCAAUGUAGUCAAAGUAGCCUUUACAGUGCGCAAGGCUGGACGCUAUGAGGUUGCUGUGAAGCUUGGUGGCCUCAAUGUGGCCUAUAGCCCUUAUUACAAGAUAUUCCAGCCGGGUACAGUUGUUCCAUCCAAAACCAAGAUAGCCUACCAUUUCUCCACCCUGGUGCUAACAAAUGGCCAGCAGCACACUUUACAAAUUGAACCCAGGGAUGAAUAUGGAAACCCAACCAGUAACUCCACUUCUCUCACAGAUGAAGCCAACUACAGCGUCCAUAUGCACUCUCUUGGCACAGUAGAUGAUGACAACCUAGAGGACUUUUACAGUAAGUCGGUUUCACUAAACAAGCAGCAGUGUCAAGUUCUGCUGAGACUGACCCUGAGGAAAACGGGCUGUUUCAGAACUCGGAUCUCUUACAAGGAUCAGCCGCUCAGCAACGGGGAAUUCGACAUAAUUGUUCUCAGUGAGAAUGAAAAGGCCUGUGUGGAGAAGAAUGUGUCCACUCCAGGCAUAAGCAUCUACUUUGAGGCAUACCUUUACAGUAGCGGGAAUUACAGCAGUUCAUCAUGGCAGUUACCAGCCUCCUCUUUGCUGGCUCCUCAGAGGAGGCCCUCCAUGGGAGAGGAGGAGGAAGAGCAUGACUCUCCUGUGGAGGGGCAACCUGAGAAGGUCAAGAAACCAAAAAAGGUCUACUGUUACAUAUCGCCAAAGCAACUUUCUGUCAAGGAGUUCUACCUAAAAAUUAUUCCAUGGCGCCUUUUCACCUUUCGAGUAUGUCCAGGAACAAAGUUUACCUAUUAUGGUCCUGACCCAGUUCAUAAGUAUCUAACCCUUGUGGUGGAUGAUGGGAUACAGCCUCCUGUGGAGCUCAGCUGCAAAGAUAGGAACAUCAUGGCUGCCACCUUCAUCCGUUUCCUGCACAAAAACAUUGGCGGCUCUGAAACCUUUCAAGAUAAGGUCAACUUCUUUCAACGUGAACUCAGGCACAUCCACUCCAAGAGACCUCGCACCAAAACCUGCCUAAAAAUCUCUCGACACACCAUUCUAGAUUCAUCACUAAAGGCCACAAGAAACUUCUCAGUAUCAGACUGGAGUAAGAACUUUGAGGUUGUGUUUCAGGAUGAGGAAGCCCUGGACUGGGGAGGUCCUCGCAGGGAGUGGUUUGAGCUGAUUUGUAAGACCCUUUUUGACACAUCCAACCAGUUGUUCACCCGCUUCAGUGACAAUAAUCAGGGUCUUGUGCACCCAAAUGCUGACAGGCCGCCCUACUUGCGGCUGAAGAUGUAUGAGUUUGCAGGGCGCAUCGUAGGGAAGUGCCUGUAUGAGUCUGCAUUGGGUGGAUCUUACAAACAGCUGGUCCGAGCUCGCUUUACACGUUCCUUCUUGGCUCAGAUCAUUGGCCUUAGGAUGAACUACAAGUACUUUGAGACAGAUGACCAGGAGUUCUACAAAACUAAGGUCUGCUUCAUCCUAAACAAUGACGUGAGUGAAAUGGACCUGGUGUUUGCUGAGGAGAAGUACAGCAAGUCUGGACAGCUGGAGAAGGUGGUGGAAUUGAUAUCAGGGGGAGCUCAGAUCGCUGUUACUAAUGAAAACAAGAUGCAUUAUCUCAACCUUCUGGCCCAGUACAGACUGGCCAGCCAGGUGAGGGAUGAAGUGGAACACUUCCUGAAAGGUUUGAACGAACUGGUUCCAGAAAAUCUGCUGGCCAUAUUUGACGAGAAUGAGUUGGAGCUGUUGAUGUGUGGCACGGGGGACAUAAAUGUGCAGGACUUCAAAGCUCACGCUGUGAUUGUUGGAGGAUCGUGGCACUUCAGAGAGAAAGUGAUGAAGUGGUUCUGGACAGUGGUGUCCAGUUUCACCCAGGAAGAACUGGCACGUCUGUUGCAGUUCACCACUGGUUCAUCUCAGCUUCCCCCUGGGGGAUUCAACACUCUUUGCCCCUCUUUCCAGAUCAUUGCUGCUCCCACACACAGCACUUUGCCCACUGCACACACCUGUUUUAACCAGCUGUGCCUCCCUACCUAUGACUCCUACGAGGAGCUGCACAAGAUGCUGAAGCUGGCCAUCAGUGAGGGCAGUGAGGGCUUCGGGAUGCUCUGACUUCUUGUUCACUGGCACCGUGGUUCCACUCACACAUGUGGAGACCAGCACAGCUUCACUGCCCUGCUGUUCUGCGUUCAUCAGUAUUUAACAGUCCAGCAUCUUGGCACACCCUAUAUAUUCUCUCUCAGAAUGGGAGGGCUAUUCAGGAAGUUCCCGAAGACUGUGUUUAAAGUGGGACUGAGUCAUAUGAACUCUUAAGACUACUGUAUGUAUAUAAAGUAUCUCAUUUAUUUGAUUAGAAAAAAAAAGACAACAAAACAUGGACUGCUGAAAAAGGUGAUGUUAGGGCUAGUUUUACUCCUGAAUGCAAAGUUUGCUUAGCUUUAUAUGUUUAAUAGACAAAUGAUGCAGGAACAAAGGCUCCGAGUUAUAAACUAUUUAACAGCUUAUUUUGCAUUUUGCAAACUGAGAAACUCUCAUGUGCAACAGCAGCCUCCAUGUGAUGUGGGUGACACAUGCAUUCACAGCACUUUGGCCUUAACUGAUCAGGGACUGAUGUGUGUAUGUAAAUAUAUAAUAUCACUCUUUAUUUCAAUAUUUGUACAUACUGGUGUGUAAACAUAGGCUUUCAUCUUAUUACCUUUUGAUUUGACAUUUGAGGUGAAGGGACUUCAUUGUUGCUGCACUUUUGCCAGGUUGAGGUGAGGGGAGUUUUAAAAGAAGCCAAGUGAUUUCUGUUGUCUGUGUUUUUAACUUAUUAACUCUUGAGAUGUUUUUUUGACCUAUUUUAUUGAAUGUUUUUGUUAUGUUUCAUAACCUGCCUUAUUCACACCCUUUGCCUGGGAGAGGUGCUUAGGUGACAGAAACAUAGUCAACAAUUAGUAGUUAUGACAUUUCCGUUUGUGCAUGCGGGGGGGGUUACUGUGGGAGAGUGCUGGUUGGAUCUUGGAUUUACAGCCAACAUUUUGUUGUGCUUUUUCCUUCUUCAUUCACAACCUUUUAUGGGUUUACCUCAGAAUCUGCCACCUAUGCAUCCCCUGACAGCUGUGUAUGUUUUCAUGCAUGUAUGGAAACACAUGCACACACACUUUGCUCAUAGUUGCCUCCUUUCAGUCCUCACUGUACAACCGUUAGCCAUAUACUCCCUCAUAUUUUGUAAAUUUAAAAAAAAAAAGGGUUGUUUGUUUGGGAAAAUAUAUCCAGGUUGUUUUUUCUGUUGGACUGUAAAACUAUUUAUUUUUAAUGUUGUUAGUGUUGUCUGUCCUGAGCCAACAUAUGUUUGUUCCUUUUUUCUGUUUUGAUUUUGUUUUGUUUGAUUUUGUUGAAAGAGUUUACAAGAUCAUUGGCCAUGUUGUAAUGUGUGCUGCCAGUCUGAGUAUUCUAGGUAAAGUGAUGCUUAGAUUCAAAACAUAAACAAAAACCACACUCUGUGGCGUUUUACUUGUAAUAUGUUCAAAUUCCCCACAGGGCACUCCAAAUGCAUUUUCAAAUCUGAUAUUGCUCUCAGUGUUGGCUUUCAUUUUCACAUUCCCACUUAGAGAUUUAUCUUGAAUGGCAAAAACAUCCCAUUUAGACUGUAAGUACUUUAACUGGUCUUCAGCAGUGUUGAGAGGUUUAUGUAAGAUUUUUAGGAAUUAUGCUUAUUUGGGUUGUGCAAUGCUGACUUGAUGUACUGAGGGUGAGCACCCAAAUACCAAUGGAUGACAUCAUAUUUAUUUAACAUGAAGGUGAAGUAUUACAGACAUGACACGACUAAGCAAAUAUAAAGGAAAAUUGUCUCUGAUUUUAUGUUUAUUUGUUUUGUUUUUUUUUUUUUUUUUUUUGGAACAUCCAUUUGUCUGUUUUGUUUGAGUGGGUUUCUGGGUUAAAUGGGCUGCGUGUGAAUUUUAGCUAUGUAGAUAUUGUGAUAUUUGCCUACGACUUUGAAGCUGGGAAUACCCUUUUUUAUUUUUAAUGGCAAGCCUCUGCUGAUGAAUGUUUGAAGAUUUUCUGGACUGUAAGUCCUUUGUUUAUUGGAAUAAAAAAAACUGGAAUAAA